UACAGUACUGGUGACCACUACUCUAAAGAAAAAAAAAAAGUUGUGUUCAGCCAUCUUUAAUGUUUGGGGUUAUUUGGUGGAAUGCAACGCGUCUCCCAAAACCAUCUCGUACACGCCUGAUGGGACUGAAGUCCAGCAAGCAUACUGGCUACUCCAUUAGGUUAAUACCCUCUUCUUCAAGGAAUUUAAUGACUAAUUUAACACGAAAGGGUUAUUAUUCCUUCGGGUGAACUCUGAGUCGGUUGUACCAGUUUAUUACAACACAAAGAGUCAGUGGAUGUAGUCCUGAAGAAUUGAUAUUCUUCAAGGUAUACUGACCGGUACGUAUGACAAUUAUUGUUAAAUAAACUAUAUGUUUCUGUAAGAAAAUAGGUUUCACCCGGUUCCAAGUUUUUUUUCCAAGCGAGUAUAUAUCGUUUAUCUAAAAAAAAAGGAACAUUCACGCAUAUGGUGUUGGUUCAUUGGAUACGUUCUUGGCAUCAUUACAGUUAACCCAUUUUAUGCCCUGUUGGUUAUUUAACGUUCGAUAUACAGAUCAAUGCUAUAAUUUCGGUUUCUAACCGUGUGUACAAAGACAGGACACCUGCUCGUGACUCCAAACAUACGAUUCUUAUCUCCGAACUGUUAUCCUACGAUUGGGCGAGCCAGAAAUGACAAAGAGCGGAAUAGGAGAAACUUUAUUAUUCAUCUGGAUUUGGUUUGUCUGUUCUUAAGCACAAAAAUAGAAGCUAGCCUAUCUGUGAACUGCCCACCACGGGUUUAGCAUUGCAAGCCCUUUGCCUUACUACUGAGCCACUGGGAAAAAAAGAGGGCACCUGGUAUGGAAGCGAUUUCACAUUUUUCUGCCGACACUUUGACACACAUGAAAUCUUCAAAAUAAGUAAACACUUUAACUGUCUUAACUGCCCUUUGAUACCCAGGUUACAAUAUUACCGUAACUCUUAUCAAGUUUACAAAUUUCAGUUUGACGUCAUCGAGUUUGACAGCGAAACGUUCCACACGCUGGUUGAGUACCUCCACACUGGCUCUUGUGUUCUGACGUGUAACUCCAUUCCUGGCCUUAUCUGUGCUGCAGAACACUACGAUUUACCAGAGCUGCUCCAGUCUUGUUUCCACCAUGCCAAACAGAACUUACGAUUGUCAGUGGUUUGUCCAAUGUUGAAUAUUCUUGAGAAUUACUACUGGAGGUACAACUCAGCUUCUGAGUUAGUAAACAUGAUUCUGAUGUUCACUGACACAAGGGCUACACAGCUGUUUUCGCGCCAAGAAUUUUUCUUUCUUUCCGAAUCCAUGUUCCAAAUGGUGAUCGGACGAGAACUGAAUAUUCCAGAAGUUCGGAAGUUCGAAAUGAUGCUCCAGUGGGCGAAAAACAAAAUCCAGAGGAAUAAUCGAAACAAUCCCUGGGAGCUCCACUGCAUAAUGAAUCGAUUAACCCGCGACCUCAAACUGUAUAAAAUACCUCCUCAGGAACUUAUAAAGGUAGUCUUACCCACGAAGACAGUAAGUAAUGAACGAAUCUUAGAAACACUCCUGUAUCAGGCUGACACGGGGAUGUACCGUAUUCAACCGUCCUUCCUGGAAGAGUGUCGUAAUGCCGAAGACGUCAACUACAAUCAAAACCGAUAAGAAAAUUCGCUACACGUACCAAACAGGACUAGUGGAAAUAAAUAACUAUUUUCGCCAUCAGGUGGCAGGUCAUGUCUUUCAUGUACAAUGAGUUAUGGUUUUACUGGUAAUUUUAGCAUUUAUAUAGAUGUUUUGUUUUUUUGUUUGCAGUGGCGUAUCCAGGAUUACCCGAGUCAGAUGGUCAAAUCCGUCUGUCCAUGGAGCAUGAAAUCGCUAAUGAUGCGUGACCAAAUAGAUAUUUCAGAGAAGAUUUUAAAAUAAAUUUUUCAAUAAAUUGGGUCCCUCAAUUGACUUGUUUGUAAUUAAGCAACGAGUUACACA